GUUUACAUUUAGCAUUUUAAAGAAUAGUUAUUCUUACGGGGCCAAUGUUUAUAGACAAUGGUGUCCACUUAACAUCAGGUUGCCCAUUUGCCCUUAUGCUAUAUAGAUAAUUAUUUGGCAGACGGACGAACAUUAAAGGGAUUCCCUUCAUCAUUCGGUUGGCUUUUCUAUUCAUGUAGGGGUCAGUGUAGUGUGUUUUUCUAAAAACGACAUGAAAACGGUUUUGGCAGACUUACGACUGCGCUUACUUGAUGAUAACCACGGGAAUGCUUUUGCAGUUGGGUUAUUUGCCCGCCAACAUACAGACGGUAGCAUGACAUGUUUACCACAAACAAUUCGCUUCGUAAGAGCGGCGAUGGCAAUGGGCGGCGCCAUGGAUGCCUGUGGGAGAUGUAUGAAAAUAUCCCUGGUGGUCAUUAAUAUGCUAACUUUUGUGGGUGGUGCGAUAGCUCUGGCUGUCGGUUUAUGGGUAUGGGUGUCAAGGUCGUUUCCAAGCACACUCAUGAGCAACAAUAUGUUCAUCGCGUCAGUGGCCGUGGUGGUGGUGAUGGGCGCUGCAAUGAUGAUAUUAUCCCUUCUCGGCUGCUGUGGAGCAGCUAAAGAAGUCAAAUGCAUGUUACUAACGUAUUACAUAUUGGUAUUCAUCAUGUUCGUGGUGAUGCUGGUAGGCGGCAUCCUGUUGUUCGUGUUCAGGGAGAAGGUGCUCACGACCCUGGAGAGAGAGAUGCAUGCCUCUAUCCCCUAUUAUGGAGUGAGGCAUGAGUAUACACGGGCGUGGGACGAAACGCAAACAAACCUCCAGUGCUGCGGUGUAAAGAGUUACAAAGACUGGAACGAUAAUGUUCCUGAGAGUUGCUGUCGAGAAAUCUACCCGGGGAAACGACAGGACUGCAAGUAUUCACAAAAUCCAACAACGAUGUACAUGGAUGGUUGUAUUAGCAAAACAGUAGAAUUAUUGCGAGAAGAUGCAGUUUUCGUUGGAGCUGUAGCUAUAAUUGUAGCUUUGAUAAUGGUGCUGGCCCUCAUAUUUUCUUGUGGAUUAUUCGUGAAAAUAGAGUGACGAUAUAGAAGAAAAUAUAUUUUGGUGACUAUUUCGUUUGUUAAUCAGAAUGACUGUUGAGUAUAAUUACAUUGUUAUGCGACCGAUCGAUUGUCUGGUGUCAUAUUGUGCAUUACAUUUUCUAAUUUAUUUUCUAAAUGUAGGUACAUACUUAUAAUAAAAUUUUAUAUUGAUUUUCA